AUGCACCUCGUCCACGAUUCCUAUUCCUCUCGGCUCAUCAUUCUACGCUUUCUUGCCUCUGAACGCACUUCCACACCCCUACCCUCACAGCUAACCCGACCACACACACACACACGUUUUCUUUCUACCUACCUACAAACUUACCUACCUUCAUUUUGUUGCGCCUCAGCCUUUUCCUGUAUUUUCCUCGACGGUCUUCUCCUCCCGCGAGUGGGCAGCGAAUUGGUGGCGGCGGCGGCAAACAAGCACGCUCAUACGAGCACGCACGCACCGGGGUGCGGAGGGAGGGCGGAUGAACAAGUGUUGACUCAUCAUACCUUGAUAUCAUCUGAAGCGGCUGCAGCAGAAUCGGUGAAAGUGACAACAGUCAAACUCAAAAGAUGCAUGCAUCCUUCUUCAGGUUCUUUUGCUUUUGCGACACGGACACCUACUCAGAUACUCUUUCACCCACACACCUCUGACGACUUACCUACGUGCCUUUUCUACUUCUGUUCUUCUAUCUCCAAAUCACACCCUCGAUUCCUGUAUCCCCUAUUCUUCUUCUCAUUUUCCUCUCGUUCUCUAUUCAUAUUCUCAUUGUUCCCUCUCUCUCUUCUCUCCUAUUCUACUUUUUAUUUUAUCUCUCUUUCUUCUCUCCUAUUCUCCUUCUCAUUUUUUCUCUCUCUUUUCUUCUAUUCUCCCUCUCAUUUUCCUCUACCUUUUCUCCCUCUCAUUUUCCUAUUCUUCUUCUCAUCUUUCUCUUUUCUUCUCUCCUAUUCUCCUUCUCUUCCUCUCUCUUUUUCUUGUCUUCCUCUCUCCUCCUCUUUCUUCUCUUCCUCUCUCUUUCUCCUCUCCUAUUCUUCUCCUAUUUCUACUUGCCUGUUCUCCCUCUCUUUUUAUCUCUCUUUUUCUUCUAUUCUCCCUCUCAUUUUCCUCUCCCUCUUAUUCUUGUUCUCAUUCUCUCUUUUUCUUUACUCAUCUCCAAUUUUUCUCUCAUCCCCUUUUUUCCUCUUCCUUUCUCUAAUUUUGUCUCUCUUUUUCAUCUCCUCUAUUAUACUCCCUCUCAUUGUUCUCUCUUACUUAUCUUUUAUUCUGUCUAAAAUCCCACUAAUCUCUUUUACACCUUCUCAUUGUUCUUACUCUCUUCACUCAUCUCUUAUUCUCUAA